AAAAACGAGAGAACACCAGGAACAACCAUACUGCCUCUAGCUAGAGUAAAGCGCGUCAUCAAGGAAGAUAAGGAUAUUGCACUUAUCAAUGCUGAGGCAACUUUCUGCAUUACUUAUGCCACCGAGCUUUUUAUAAAAUACUUCGUAAACGAGGCUUUUGCAAAGUCCAAGAAAGACAAAAGAAAGACAAUCUAUUACAAAGAUCUAGCAAACACGGUCUCCGAUGUGGAACAAUUCGAAUUUCUGGAAGAUGUUAUACCCCAACCGAUCCCUUUGAAAAGAGCGCUUGAAUUACAAAAAGAACAGUCUGGAGAA